AUGACAGUUCAGCGAAGAGUGAAUAACUGCGGACAAAAUGGCAUUCAGGUCAAAUCAGACCUAAUAACUAUACAAAAGCUAGAACGUGACCAGCUCCUAUUUUGGAGAUCGCCUUUUCUUACCUUGUACUACUUCUUCAUGGAAUGUGUAUUUAGAUUUGCACAGCUUCGUUUUGCUGUAUAUAGAAACAAAAACAAAUGUGUCGUAGCUGCUUUUAUAGUCUUUGUCUUGGUUUUUCUUGAUUAUUCAGAUGGCCCUCAUUCUAAAGUAUUUGAUCACAUUAAGUCUACCGCUUUAUGGUGGUCAUGGUGGGUUUGGCUAGGAUUCCUAUCUUCAUGUGGGUUCGGUACCGGGUUACAUACUUUUGUGUUGUAUCUAGGUCCGUUUAUAGCUGAAGUUACAAUGAGUGCUUAUGAAUGUGGAACACUCAAUUUUCCUCGUCCACCAUAUCCUGAUAGGAUUAUUUGUCCAGAUAACCCUGAUUUAGGGGAAAGCAUCAAUUUUUGGAAAGUCAUGCGCAAAGUCCAGAUGGAGUCUAUCAUGUGGGGUUUUGGUACUGCACUGGGUGAACUGCCUCCAUACUUCAUGGCUCGAGGUGCUAGACUUUCCGGUGAAUAUGAUGAUGAGUUUUCUAAGUUGGAAGAAGUCAUCUCAUCCAAUCAAAAUACUCAAAGUACAACAGACCAACCGAUUACUUUUCAAAGGAGAGCUGAACUAUUCCUACAUCAUUUAAUACUUAGAGCUGGUUUUAUCGGGAUUUUGCUUUGUGCCUCGAUUCCAAACCCAUUAUUUGACUUAGCCGGAGUAACUUGUGGACACUUUUUAGUGCCAUUUUGGUCCUUUUUCGGAGCAACAUUUAUUGGCAAAGCACUUAUAAAGGUUCACUUACAACAAUUAACCGUGAUCGCACUAAGUUCAGAACACCAUGUGGAUAGCUUAGUGGACCUAAUGGGCCGUAUUCCAGUGUACGGAAAUCGGUUACAAGCUCCAUUUCUUGAGUAUUUACAACAACAGAAGGCCAGUCUGCACAAUAAAGAACCCAUUGGGCAACAGAGUUGGCUGCAGACCAUGUUGUUUGUCCUCAUAUCUGCGCUUAUUCUGUCCUUCCUGGUAUCCAUUAUUCACGCAUUCGCGAGAAGCUAUCAUCGUCGAUUAUGUGAAUGGCAACUACGUGCAGAUGGAGAAAUAAUUAGUAAAUCUGAAUAA